AUGUAUAUGAUCUGGGAUCUAAAUUAUGAUUUUAACGUAGAGUAUCCGGUCAACCCUAACCGGGAUGGGUUACCGUAUUGGCCGACACCUAAUGAUGCCCCUGAUUCCUGCUCCUGCAACCUCGGCCAAAUCGACCGAAAAAAAUAUCUGAUCACCAAUCAAUUGACCGAGUGCUCGAAUAACAACACAAAUGUCGAGCAAUUAUCUGAUACUGAUGCGAUGAUUGAAUACGGACAAGCGUGUCUAUGUUGUGGAUACAGUGCUAUUAUCUCUACGUAUGAUUCCGUUCCGGAGCUUAAAGAAGUUCCUUUUUUACUCUUCUGUUGCUAA